UCCAGAGUGACGUACACACCCGUUCGUAUUGCUCCGAAUCGUCGUGAAGGAGCGUCCUAGCUUGUGUAUAUUGUUUUCUUUUUAAAAAACCAACCGUUGUUUCAGCCUGCUGAAGGUGUCGAAGUGAAGUUUCCUUUCCAAGAUGCGUGAAUACAAACUGGUUGUUCUUGGUUCUGGAGGAGUUGGCAAGAGUGCUCUGACUGUUCAGUUUGUGCAAGGAAUUUUCGUCGAAAAGUAUGACCCGACGAUCGAAGAUUCAUAUCGAAAACAAGUUGAAGUCGACGGGCAGCAGUGUAUGCUGGAAAUAUUGGACACAGCAGGAACGGAACAGUUUACAGCCAUGCGGGAUUUGUACAUGAAGAAUGGUCAAGGCUUUGUUUUGGUCUACUCAAUCACAGCGCAAUCUACGUUCAAUGACCUUGGGGACUUGAGAGAUCAGAUUUUAAGAGUGAAGGACACAGAGGAUGUUCCAAUGGUCCUUGUUGGUAAUAAAUGUGAUUUGGAAGAUGAAAGAGUGGUUGGGAAAGACCAAGGACAAAACUUAGCAAAAUUAUUUAAUAACUGCGCCUUCCUUGAAACAUCUGCAAAAUCAAAGAUCAAUGUGAAUGAAAUAUUUUACGACCUAGUCAGACAGAUAAACAGAAAAACACCAGAAACUAAGAAGAAGAAGAAGAAGAAGGGUUGCGUGCUGUUGUGAUGAUUCCAUUUGAACAUUUUUCAGUAGAAAAACUGGAGAUCUGCGUCAGAUGUUUGUGACUGAAUGGCUUAUGAUUCAGGCUGAACAUCCAAAAUUGUUUGUAAAUUAUUUUGUGAACGCUGCUGGCAGAAGAUGGGAAAGGAGAGAUCAGACAGUAAACUAAAGUUAUCAUAACAGACUUGUGGUUGUUUUACAUACAAAUUGUAGGACACCUUGGGAAAUAUUUUUAAAAUACAGUAAAAACAUAAUUUUUUUAUGUUGAACAUGUACAGUACUUACUGUAAAAUCUCUGCUUGAAUGAUGUGAGUGCUAGAUAGAUAGUAGACAUAGUCUUGGGGAAUAAGAGAGAGGUUGGGAAGGAAGUUCUCUAAGUUGUAAGCUUUUUAUUUACAGUGUUGUGUGGUUUUCUGACGUUGUAAAAUUCAUGCGUUUUUAUGCAAUUUAUUUCUUUUAUCUUUUUUCUUGUUUAAGUGACUACUGAAAUAAACUUUUUAUAUGUUAAGAAUUGCUCUUAGACAUUGAUCUCUACAAUUCGUAGAUCAGUAUUCUAUCAUGACUUCAUGGAGAACACAAUUCCUUAACUGUCUUGUGAUCAUUGCCUUCAUGUGUUGUAUGAUAAUUAUACAAUGAUAAAAUUAUUACAAAUCGUCAGUGGAAUCCAGAAAUCUUUGAAUUCAUGAUAGAGUGCAAAUUAUCCAGACAGUCAGCAUUUUAAUUUGUAACGUUUUGGUUCAUUAUUAUUUGUAUUUGAAUCAAGCCAUCAUUUCCAUGCGCAUUUUGACAUGGCAAAUGAUUUGCUUGAGAUAUUACUUGAACUGAAGAGAAUUAAGUAUGGAUCACGAAAGUCCCACCACGGCCAAAAACUAUUGCAACAAAGGUUUAUAAAAGCCAAUUUUAUUUGGAUUGUUUUCAUCAAUUUAUUCCUAUAUCUCAGAUGAUAAUAAAACGUAGUGUGAAAGAA